GAGGCGCAGGUGAGCGCCGCUUCCGGGGUUGGGAGACCACAUCGCGGCCGGCUCCGGCUUUCACUCGGUUGGGUGUGCGGGAGAUUAUGGCGUCUUCCUCGGUCCCGCCGGCCACUGUACCGGCGCCGACAGCGGCUUCCGGCACAGGUUUCGGCUUCGCUUCCAAAACCAAGAAGAAGCAUUUCGUGCAGCAGAAGGUGAAGGUGUUCCGGGCGGCCGACCCGCUGAUGGGCGUGUUCCUGUGGGGCGUAGCCCACUCGAUCAAUGAGCUCAGCCAGGUGCCUCCCCCGGUGAUGCUGCUGCCAGAUGACUUUAAGGCCAGCUCCAAGAUCAAGGUCAACAAUCACCUUUUCCGCAGGGAAAAUCUGCCCAGUCAUUUCAAGUUCAAGGAGUAUUGUCCCCAGGUCUUCAGGAACCUGCGUGAUCGAUUUGGUAUUGAUGACCAGGAUUACUUGGUGUCCCUUACCCGAAGUCCCCCGAGUGAAAGUGAAGGCAGUGAUGGUCGCUUCCUUAUCUCCUAUGAUCGGACUCUGGUCAUCAAAGAAGUAUCCAGUGAGGACAUUGCUGACAUGCAUAGCAACCUCUCCAACUACCAUCAGUACAUUGUGAAGUGCCAUGGCAACACACUGCUGCCCCAGUUCCUGGGGAUGUACCGGGUUAGCGUGGACAACGAAGACAGCUACAUGCUUGUGAUGCGCAACAUGUUUAGCCACCGUCUCCCUGUGCACAGGAAGUAUGACCUCAAGGGCUCCCUGGUGUCCCGGGAAGCCAGCGAUAAGGAGAAGGUUAAAGAAUUGCCCACCCUUAAGGAUAUGGACUUUCUCAACAAGAACCAGAAAGUUUAUAUUGCUGAAGAGGAGAAGAAAGUCUUUCUAGAGAAGCUAAAGAGAGAUGUGGAGUUCCUAGUGCAGCUGAAGAUCAUGGACUACAGCCUUCUUCUGGGCAUCCACGACAUCAUUCGCGGCUCUGAACCGGAGGAGGAGGGGCCUGUGCGGGAGGAGGAGUCAGAGGGGGAUGGGGACUGUGCCCUGACCGGACCUCCUGCUCUGGUGGGCUCCUAUGGCACUUCCCCUGAGGGUAUCGGCGGCUACAUCCAUUCCCACCGGCCCCUGGGCCCUGGAGAGUUUGAAUCCUUCAUUGAUGUCUAUGCCAUCCGGAGUGCUGAGGGGGCCCCUCAGAAGGAGGUGUAUUUCAUGGGCCUCAUUGACAUCCUGACACAGUAUGAUGCCAAGAAGAAAGCAGCUCACGCAGCCAAAACUGUCAAGCAUGGGGCGGGGGCAGAGAUUUCUACUGUCCAUCCUGAGCAGUAUGCUAAGCGAUUCCUGGAUUUUAUUACCAACAUCUUUGCCUAAGAGACUGCCUGACUCCAUGGUGACUGCUGCUCUGUUUUCCAGGUGGUAGGGUUCUGAGAGGCUUGGGGGAAUUGUGGAUAUUCUGGCCACUACUUCUGCUCUUUCUCUUUUGCUAACUUCAGGCUACAGGCUCCUUCCAUCCAAAUAACUCAGUCUUGUUGAGUAGGCUCUUCCUGGCCCUCAGAAAUACAUUGUCCUCUCUUCUCUUCCUUUCCUUCUCCCUUCCCCUCCAACAAGUCUGCUUGCUUCAUUAGAGUGUUACUGUUGACUCUCUCCCAAGUGCCUUGAUCUUUGUAAAAUGUCCUGUUGUUUCCAUAACAUAGGAGGAGCUGGGGGAAGGGUGUUGUUUGCCAUCUUCAGGACCUGACUGGACAGAUGGACCUGGCUCAAGCUGCUACUCUGGAUGCACUUUGCUGUGUGGGAUGAACUAAGAGUGUCUGAAUUUUGCUGAUAACUUUAUAGAGCUCACUGUGGCACACUUCCUUCCCGGUAGGCCCUGGGAUGGAAGAUUUUCAAAAUACUACAGAUGUGGGUGCAGGCAUGCACACAUACGAUGGGAUAUGGCCAAUCUUAUGCAGGUGGGGUGGAGAAUGGUGGGCGGGCUGGCAGCUCAUGGAGGUGGGACCUGUGAGGACUCUUGUGAUUAUGCAGGGAAUUGGAGGUCUCUGUUGAGGGUUGACUACUCUCCAGUCUCUUCCCUCACUCCACGUUCACCCCCACCAGAGAUGGCCACAGUGUUGAAUCCUGGGUGAAGGUGUUUCACUGUUGCUGCUCUUCACCAGGACCUCACAUCCCUCCUGGAGCUGGAACCCUUCAUUGGGGGUGUGGCCAGUUCUGGAGGCUGGGAGGAUGAGCCAGGGGUAUAAGGUUCACUCCCCAUGUUAAAUUUCCUUUCUUCAUGUCUAGCCACCCCUAAGGUUUUAGACCCAGCAGAAGGGAAUAUCUCUACCUGGGUUAACCCUGGUUAUUUCAAGAGAACGGAAGUCUCACAUGUGGGAACCUCCUCUACUCCCUGGAAGUGUGCCCCUAGCAUACUUCCUUCCCCUCUCCUUCUCAAACCCUUUUUCCAGUUGGAUUUGUUAUUCUGUUCGUCUUAUACUGCUACUGUGUCUCUCAGGGGACAGAUGGCCGCCUUUGUCAUCUUCACUCUCCACCCCCAGAGAGGAGUCAGAGCCAUAACCCAGCCCCCUCCAAAGAUAGUUGAGUUAAAACGUGAUAUUCUCAGAAUGUAGCAGACCCUGAUGAGCUGAGAUAGUGUACUCCCUUCCCCGCAAUGCCCUUGGGGCUCAGGCAGCCAUUCUUCUUGUGAUCCUACAUCCCCCCUGAGGCUUCUUCACUUCUCUAAAACAUAAAGAUGGGCACCAGCAAGUGGCCUGUGGGGUACAAAGACUCUUGCUCUGUAUCUGCCUGGACUGAUCUGUCUCACAAGAAGUCAUGAGGUCAUAAAGGAGAAUUCCUCCUGCCCCUGCAUCUUCUGCUCUAAAGGAAGUGACAAGAGGAGUCCCUAGUUAAGGAUUAGAGUCCCUAUAAUAUGUUCCUGUCAGGAGGCUGAUGGAUCUUUUUCAUUCCAACCAUCUACCUUUCCCCUGUUGAAUGCAAUAAAACUCCAUGACACCAGCAACUGUUGUUCUUUAGAAAUGGGUUUUCUGACCACGUGGCUGAUGUAUCAUAAGCAUUAUGGUCUUCUUCAUUUGUUGCUUCUGUUUUUUUUCAUCUUUUUUGUUUUAUUAAUUAAUAAAAAAGAUCUUGUGUAUUUACUCCCGUUGCUGUCACUAUAUAGAAAAUAAAUUA